AACAGAUGCUAAUGUUGAACUUAUUGAUGUUAAGCUGCUGGCACCAAGCUAGUGAUUGUAAGUGGGGAAGGUGCUAAGCUUCAGCAACACUGCAAUUCUGACUCCAUGCUUUACUAAUGAUGAGAAUAAUGAACACUAUUUUCCCUCCAAAACUGGAUCUUCCACUGAAAAAGUUGCAAAAAAGACAAAUAACAGGAAGCAGGAGAAUAAAGCAGGACUGGAUGAAGAUAAAUGGCAACUAACGAUGUCAAAGGGAAGACAAUAAUGGAUGUCUAUUGGUAGAUGGUAUGGUGGAAAUCUGCUGGUUCUGUCCAGGUGGGAGAGCUGAGGACAGAUUUGAAAAUUGUAUUGCCUUCACCAAUCUCCAUGGAAACGCUGAAAUACACGAGAGGCAGGUAAGGUUCCUGCAGGAGGUCUCCUCAGUCACUGUUAUCCUCCUGGCAACUUCUGAUUUUGACAUAAUGAAUAGCUCCCGUCUACUUGAAUUUUGGAAUUCACCCAAACCUCUCAUCUGUUUGUUUGAAAAUGCAGAAAAUAUUAUGGAUAAGAAUUAUGCUCACAAAGUGAGAAUUGGAAUUAAGAAUCUAAAUAAGAUAGAAUUAGCUGAUAAAAUUACAGCUACAUUAGCAGAGCUGUUGAAGAAAUCUGGAUCUCCUUAUAGUCUGAGUAACUGGGCCAACAUGGCAAGCAAGUAUGAGUUUAUUAUUGAUGAGGACCAAAGAGAUUGCCAAGAAGCAGGGAAAAAAGCAAACAUCCUUAUGGACAUCUUGAGAAAAGUAAAAUUAUCUGAGGUAAAGGGGAAGUUACUACCUCUCCAAGGAGGUCUAUGGCAUGACUGGUGUAAGAAGGAUAAAGAACUCCAUCAGCUGCAAGAAAAAGGAAAAAGAGCAUUGAACAAUACAAGAACGAAAUUGAGAAGGAAAAGCUCAAGAUACGCUGUGAACAGUAUCACAAAGUCAUUAACCUUAACGACCUGAUGAAGUCCCUGCUUGAAAGCCUGCAGUCCCACCUGGAGACGCACACAGAGCUCUACUUUCUGCAGGUGCUGAGUAUGUCAAUGGACCAACUAACCACAACAGAAUUAGAGAAGCUCCACCAGAGGCACAGUUCUUUGUUGGCUCAAGUACGAAUAGAAAAGCAGAAGCAGUCAAAGAGAGACUCCCUCAGAGGCUGGGAGGCUGAGCUAGAAGCUGUUUCCAAAGAAAUCAGUGAUUCCACCCUGGGAAUUGAGCACCUCUUAAGAGAGCUGGGUCAGAUCUAUGAAGCUUUGGAAGAAGCUUCCUCCCAAACAAAUACACUGUUUCUUUCCCUUCCCCAAAUGGCUGCUGACCUGAUGAUAUCCGGGGCUCCCAUUGAACUGAUGGAUGGGGAUGCUUCAUAUGUGCCCCUGAGGUGGGUGGCAGCUGUUUUUGACAAGGAAGGUCUCUGAAAAACUUGGAGACAAACGUGUGUUUGUUCUUUCUGUCCUUGGCUUGCAGAACUCAGGAAAGUCUACUCUGCUGAAUGCAAUGUUUGGGCUGCAGUUGAGCCUUAGUGCUGGAAGACGUACUCGGGGUGCCUACAUGCAUCUUCUGAAAGUGGAUGAGAUGCUCAGAGAACAGCUGGGCUUUGAUUUUAUGCUUGUUGUGGACACAGAAGGACUGCAAGUCUCAGAGCUCAUGAACAAAGCACAAAAUGAGGAAAAUGAGUUGGCAACCUUCAUUAUUGGACUUGGAAACUUAACUCUAAUCAAUAUUUUGGGAAAGGAUCUUUCAGAAAUACAAGAUAUUCUGCAAAUAGCUCUCCAUGCCUUUCUCAGGAUGAAACAACUGAAUAUCUCACCAAGAUGCCUAUUUGUUCAUCAGAACAUAGAAGAAAUUAUAGAUACAGAUCAAAGUAUGGAAAGGCAAAGGUGGCUGCAAGAGAUAUUGGAUGAAAUGACAAUCGCAGCAGCCAAACAUGAACAGUGCUCAGGGGUGUGUCACUUCAGUGAUGUCAUUAAGUUUGAUGUCAAGAACCACAUCUAUUACUUUGCUCACCUCUGGGAAGGGUCUCCCCCAAUGGCCCCUCCUAAUCCCUGCUAUAGCCACAAUGUUCAGGAGCUGAAAAGCAGGAUUCUUAAGCAUGCCAAAGAAGAAUCCAGAGGAAGUAUUUUGAAGAUAUCAGAAGUUAAAGUCAGGGUACGGGAUUUAUGGAAGGCCUUAGUGAAUGAGAACUUCAUUUUCAGAUUCAAGAACACUCGGGAGGUCAUGGCUAUGAAUGAACUGGAGACUGUGUACAGGAGCCGGACCUGGGAGCUGAGAAGUCACGUGCUGGACUUGCAGAAUCAGCUGACUAAUCAGAUUCAGAAAGGAGAAGUUAAAGAGAUCAAGAGAAGCUCAGUUGAGAAUCAAGUUGUAGAAAAACAUGAAGCCAUUAAGCAAGAACUUGAAAGAUAUUUUCGAGAAGAUAGAGAUAGAAAUAUCUUGUCUCAGAGGAAAGGAAUAGUUAAAGAUGAUUUGAAGAAUCUUAAAGAGGAUCUUAUAGUAGAAACCAUGAGAAAAUGUGAAGCUCUAAUUAAUGGAAAGAAAAUACAAGACCUUUUCAAGGAGCAAAGAGUAAAACUGGAACAUAAGUUAUUAGAAAAAAUCAGAGGGACGGCUAAGUCCCCCUGUAGGAAAGAAUUACAUGAUAAGGAACUGAGAGAUAUGUUCAACAAGAUCUGGUCAGAGAACAUCUCCAUUCUGUUGCCUCCCACACUUGCAUCUGCUGAGCGGCCUGAUAUUGAUAUUGAGUUAGAGAAUGUUCUCCUGGAGCAUUUUAAACAGCACCCCAAUAUUGUGAACAAAAUUCAGUAUUGUGGCACAAAGAAAACAUUUUCUAUCAAUUAUUCUAAACAUGUUAUCACCCCUCAAGAGUUCCCAGUAUAUGGGCCCUCUGAGGAAGAGUUUGAAAAAGAUAUCAUAAAGAAGACAACAGCUCAAAUUGUGAAACUGGUUCAAGACAUCAUACACAACAGAGAACAACAGAAUGAAGGUUACAGUUCUAGUUACUUCCAUGAAAUUCUGCAAGUGAUCCAUACUGAAGCUGAGGCUGCAUCUCAAGGAGUCAGAUUUAUGUUGACAAACAGAUUUAAACUAGAACUUGCUCUAGAGCUACUGCAAGAGGCAGCAAACAAUUUUAAAAAGAUGUGCAUUGCAUUCAAGACAGCCAACAACCCCGUUCUAUAUUUAGAAAGUAAAAGAGAAGAAUUUUUUACUAAUUUUAAGUUGGCCUACAAAAACUUCCAGAACACUGACUGAUGUCCUUUGGGGUAAAGAAUUUCUGCUACUUUAUGAACUGGGAUAAACACCUGAGAAGCUUAUCUAUUCCUCACCUAGCUUUUUUACUCCAACAUGAAAUGAAAAAAACAAAACAAAACAAAUAUAAUAUGUUAUGCUCCAAAAAUAAAAUAAAAAUACAUACAGGCUGUGAAAAAAUCAUGCUAUUAGUGUUAUCCAAAAAACCCAAAAAGUCCUUAGAGUCAAUCCACGAAAGAAAAUUAUGAAACUUUACUGACACAUAUAAAUAUCAAAAUAAUAGGAGCCAACCACAUUUGUGGAAGAGAAGUUGCAAUAACAGAAAAUGGUCAUUUUCCCCAAAAUGAAUUUCUAAACUCAAUGAAAGUAUAGCCAAAAAGCUGACAAAGUUUCCAUGAAACUUUAAAAGAGUACAUGAGGUGGGAGGGAGAUUCAACAGGGAGGGGACAUAUGGGACAUAUGGGCGAGAGGGAGGUUCAAGAGGGAGGGGAAUACCUAUGACUG